UUUUUGAGUUGGGAUAUUUUUUCCGUAUGAAUGGUGAGAAUUUCUCAGCUAAGAAGAAUAGUCGAUCCGCAAAAAUCGGGCGAUUGACAAACGCAUCUUCAACAGCCCCCGCUAAUUCCGGGCCAAAAGCAGGAUAGCGUUCCAGUGCAUCACGCAUAGCUAGCUACCCAGCACCUACCAGAAUCCUCCCGGCUCGCCUAUAUAAUUCGAUCAAUCCUUCCCUUCCAUCAUCAAUAUUCUCUAAUCACUGAAUUAUUCAGUUCUUCGGUAGUUUAUUGUUUCAUCUCCCUCUGAAAAAAUGGCUUUCGCAGAUGUUGAGUACGGGCCGCAGUUCAGGUGCUUCGUCGGUGGAUUGAACUUUAAUACCAUCCAAGACGACCUGGAAAGGACUUUCGCAAAUUACGGCAAGGUUACGGAAACCAAGAUUAUCAAGGAUCGUGACACUGAAAGAUCCAGGGGAUUCGGUUUUGUUACCUUUGAAACCGAAAAAGGGAUGCAGGAUGCGAUCGCGGGUUUGAACGGCAUGGAACUUGAUGGCCGUAAAGUUACUGUUAACGAGGCACAGCCUCGCGAGAACCGCGGCGACGGGUCACGCAGUGGCGGAUACGGUAACCGUGAAGGUGGCUCUUAUGGUAAUCAGCGUGAAGGUGGUGGUUACAGAGGCGGCCGUGGCUAUGGAAGUGGCGGCCGUGGUUAUGGAGGUGGUUACAGAGGCAGUGACGACCGUGGUUACGGAGGCGACAAUAGCCGUGGAUACGGAGGUGGCGAUAGCCGUGGUUACGGAGGCGGCGACAGAAGUAGCUACGGCGGCGGCGAAAAGCAUGGUUACGGAGGCGGCCAAAGUGGUGGUGCAUAUGGAGGAGGUGGCUAUAGGAGCGGUGGUGCUCCCGACGGAAACUGGAGGGAUUGAUGGACUUGUUUUUUUAAUUCCUUGUUUGGCCGUUUACUACUAAUAUUUCCCGCGCUUUUUGGGCGCUUCAAUUAGUUUCACAUGGUUUCUGGUCACUGUUCAAUGUUUUUGCGGUUGUUUGCGUUCGUAUUUGGUCGCUACUGGUGGUUAUACUGAAAUUUUAUACGGAGUAGAUUAAUAACAUCUCCAUUGCGAUGAAAUUUCAUAAAAAGCUGGGCUGGUAAUGUAGAUCUUGAACUGUUGGACAUGUAAAUAAUUGACACAUGAACACAACAAUAAUUACAAUCAAUAAAAUAUGAACAAAAAAAA